AUGACUGUCAAGUUCAAUGUCAAUGUACCUCGCCAGGAUUUGAAACAUCCAGAAAAUGGCCAUAGCGGCUAUCAAGGGCUGCACCCACGCACCGAGAUUCUUCCGACCGGACAUGUCACUGCCCCCGGUCUAAGAGCCCUCUCGUGUGAUAUUCUGGUCGAGCAUGAUGUUGCCAUCACGAUGAGAGACGGCUGCAAGCUCUAUGCCGAUAUCUAUCGACCUCCUUCAGCUCCAGAGCGCUCCGUGCCUGCGAUCCUCUGUUGGGGUCCGUUCGGCAAGAAGUUCAAUGGCGUGGACUCUUUGCGGAUUAUGACUCCUUGGAACCUGGGCGUUCCGGACGGCACGUUGAGCGGGUUGGAAAAGUUUGAGGCCCCCGAUCCUGCAGACUUUGUGGACCGCGGGUACGCCAUCAUCAACAUUGACUCGCGUGGAGCGUUUGAUUCAGAAGGAUGCAUGGCUAUCAUGGGGACACAAGAAGCCGAGGAUGGAUACGACACGAUUGAGUGGCUUGCCAAGCUUCCCUGGUGCAAUGGAAGCGUCGGCAUGGCUGGUAACUCGCAUCUAGCAAUCAUCCAGUGGUUCAUCGCCGCGCUUCAACCACCCUCUCUCAAAGCUAUCGCUCCUUGGGAGGGCUGUGGUGAUCUUUACCGUGAGCAAUUUGCUCGUGGUGGUAUCUAUGGCGGUGACCUGUUUGACCAUCUCAUCGUCAAAUGGAUUUUGCGCGGUCGCAAUGGCAUGGAGAGCUUCCGGAAAAUGUUUGAGGAGCACCCUGGCGCCAAUGACUGGUGGAAUGACAAGCGUCCGGAUAUGAAGAAGAUCAAUAUCCCCACCUACAUCACCGGUACAUACACCAACACCAUGCACGGCAUGGGAGCCAUUCGGGGGUGGAUGGAGGUGAACACCCCACACAAAUGGCUUCGAUGGCACCCCUACCAAGAGUGGUUCGACAUUUGGGGCAACCCCGAAGGGAAAGAGGAGCUGUUCUCGUUCUUUGAUCGCUACCUCAAGGGCGUGGAGAAUGACUGGGAGUCAACCCCGCAUGUCCGCAUGAGUGUCCUCAAGUUUGGCGAAAAGGAACCGUUGGCGAACGUGGUCGAAGAGGAUUUCCCCAUUCCCCGUACCAACUACCGCAAAGCAUACCUCACACCUAACGGCGGGUUGAACUUGGACGAGCCCAGUUCUUCUGCCGGAACAGUCUCAUACAACUCAGAAGACAUCAAAGACACGGCCACGUUCACGUAUACCUUCCCCGAGCGAACGCAAAUAGUUGGAAUGCCCAAAGCUGUUCUUUGGAUGCGAAAUGACGACUUUGACGAUAUGGACGUGUUUAUUGUCCUGAAUAAGCUGUCCGCCACAGGGGAGCGCAUGCUCAAUCUCAACAUUCCUUGGACUAAUCUCCCCGUCAAGAAGAUUGCCGAUAUCCCGGAAGAUAAGAGAACAGAAGUCAUCCUCUACCAAGGUCCCACCGGCAUUCUGCGAGCAUCCAAUCGGGACAUCGAUGCUUCGCGGUCAAUGCACCCGAACUGGCCCUUCUAUACCCACGAGAAGGAGGAAAAAGUGAACCCAGGCACUGUGGUCCGUCUCGAGAUCGGAAUCUGGUGUAUGGGUAUUGAGUUCGAAGCAGGGGAGAGCUUACAGCUCUCGGUAGGUGGUUUCUACCAAGGCUUUGCCAACUUUGGAACAAACGAGCACAUCCGCAACAAAGGAAAACACUGGAUUCAUGCCGGUGGAGAAUAUGAUAGUCAUUUGAUCCUGCCCUUUGUUUGA